CGUUGUGAAACAUCUCAUUCGAUAUCUGAUAUAUAUAUAUAUAAGUCCCCUUUUGUUCGUAUAAUUGUUUUAAUUUAUAAUUUCUAGAGCAAAUGGUUUUAACUGAUAACUGAUUUAGCAUUUAGCAUUUAGCAUUAGUAACAUGCUAACAACAGCUAGCUUAAGUAUUUGUCUCUUUAAUUUGACAGUGUUCCGGAGCUUGUGACCACGACGUGUUGUCUAUGAGAGUAACUGAAGCUGUUCUGUCUUUUACCAGAUGAGCUGUCUAGCUAUAUGCUGUGCUAUGAAUAAACGUCUGGUUGGAGCCAUAAAGAUAUCAGGUGUGCCUGAAUUAAACACAACGCAACCGAGAGAGUACACAACUGCUACACUUGCUCAUUACCCCUCAUCUGACAAUAUAGAACCAGACCCGAUGGAAAUGUUUCUGCACUAGCUCCUUAUGUCUGACAUGAUGUGAAACACGCCCAGGGAUUGGCUGUCCUUCUCUGCUGCCCCAGAUAUAUAUCACCCACACUCACUUUCUCCCAUCUAGCAGGUAGUCAAAGUCACCUGAGCCGCACACAGAGGGACGUGCAGAGAGGGAUGGCUCCUGCUAUUCUGGUCCCACACGAUCACUUACUUUUAUAAACCUUCAGAGUUGUGAUUAAUGAGGGGAAAUCGGUGCAGUUUCUCUCUGAUACUCUCUGACUCAGAUGCACUGCUGCUCACUCAUUUAUUAUUCAUAAAUGAAUGGUUAUAUUAAUUUAUUAUAUUGUUUUUUAAUUGUAUUCUUCACCACACACGUUUAGACUGUUAAAUUAAUUAACUUAAUAAAAUAAUUAUUAUUUUGAUUAGAGCAUGGCAUAGACUGGUUCACAGUUUUAAACGUAAACUAAUACUACUAAUGUGUCCCUGUUUAUUUCCUGCUGCAGUGUAUGUGAAUGACAUAAAUUGACAUGAAGUAAAUGCAAUUCCGUUGAAACAGUCCAUAGUCUCAAAUUGAACAACUGACUGCAAACAUUUGGAUAAUUACAGGCAACAUGCAUUUAGUUUAGAAUCUGGAUAACUACAAAUGUCUUUGUUGCCCAAAAUACUAUAAUAUGUACAAAGCAUAACCAUUUAUGGUAACACAGAAGUAUUUAGGCUCGUCUAUAUUAUUCUUUUCCCGACUAAUAAACUCCAGAGCAUUUCCUUUUCUAUUUUUUUCCAUUGAGGCUUUUCUGGUCGUAUUUCCGUUCAGUCCGCUUCACAAACUGGAUGACGGGUGUUACCCACAUGACUCUACAUGCAGUCUAUUUUGAGCCCCAUUUGCUCUGAGGGACCCUGGAUGACUUUGUGGAAAUGUGCUGGUAGUUUUGCGCACCUUUGAAACGUUAGACAUGGAGCCUCUAGAUUUGGAAAACAUGAACUUGACGGUGAAAGCCGCCGCUGCUGCGUACCCGUUAUGUGAGGAAUGGAGAGAUACUUCGGAGGGCUCUGUGUUCCACCUCGCCAAUAUGUUCCUGUUCUUUGGCUUCAUGGGCGGCAGCGGCUUUUAUGGACUACUGUAUCUAUUCACCUGUGUGACUCUGGGCUUCUUCUGCUCCACUCUGUGGGCAUGGUCGGACUACUGCACCACAGACUCUUUCCUGUGGAGUUUCGCCCUCUUCGGCGUGUGCUUGGGACAGGUCCUGCAUGUUGCCUAUCGGCUGAGGAGCGUCUCCUUCGAUAAGGAAUUCCAGGAGCUUCACAACUGUAUGUUUAAAAAACUAGGAGUGUCACUCACACAUUUUGGGAAGAUAGUGGCCUGCUGUGACGGACAAGUCCACACCAUAGAGAGGGACCACUGUUUCGCCAUAGAGGGGAAAACCGCUAUUGAUAAACUGUCGGUGCUCUUGUCUGGCAGAAUCCGUGUGACAGUUAAUGGAGAGUUUCUGCAUUACAUCUACCCUUUCCAGUUUCUGGAUUCACCGGAGUGGGACUCUCUCAGACCAUCAGAAGAGGGUGUCUUCCAGGUGACCCUGUGUGCUGAUAACCCCUGCCGAUAUGUGGGGUGGAGAAGGAAGAAGCUCUAUCUGCUUUUUGCUAAGCAUCGCUACAUAGCUAAGAUAUUUGCCCUGGUUGUGCGCAAUGACAUUGCAGAGAAGCUGUACUCCCUCAACGACAAGGCUUUCGACAAGUCGGGGCACCGAUACGAUCUCCGCUUACCAAGUUACUGUCACAUGCCAGGGACUGAUUUAGAAAAGGCAGAUGUCUUCCUGCAAGUGCCAGUACAGGGGGCAAGGACUGCCUGAAUACACUCACUUGCGCACGCACGCACGCACACAGACACACGCACACACACACACACACACACACACACACACACUUAACUGACUCCUUGCAGUGUCAGUUAGGUAGGGCAGUGUGGAAUUAUCUGCACCAUGUAGGGGGUAGUUGGCACACUAGCAACAGGUGUGUAAGAGCUUUUUGGAAAUGUUGAAGUGCCCUCUCAUCCGCAUGCCAAAUAACCUAUUUCACAGCCAUAGGCAGUUAUGCAGCCUGUUAUUUAUGGUAGUUUGAUUUAUUUUUUUCCCACCCGCAUUCACUGAAGACCCCCCCUACUGUGCCUCUGACUGGCUAGUACUCAUUGCCUUCUUCGCAAUAUUUGUUCAGUUUAUUGCUCAUGAACAAGAUUAGUGGAAGGUUGGAAGGGUUAAUGAUUUUAAGAUGUGGAUGUUUUCAUAAAGAUGCCAGCCUUCUAAUUACAAUGUCCUGAUUAUGAGCUACGACAUGUAAGACCAGAGGUAAUGUGACUGAUAGACUAAGAGACCCUGGAUCAUUUCACUUGCCUUACUAAAUAGUCCAAUGUUACUUCUACUGUUAGAUGGUAGCAUUUUGUCGGGCAGUUCAGCCUGAGAAGGAUCACUCUAAGGCUCAUGCUCUAUGGGCCCAAUGCCUACCCAAACCUCUACGGCAUGUGUUAGCAACUUUUAUCAAAAUGAAUGAAAUACUAUCUUGGAAGUUCUUUUAAUACAUUAUUGGUGCACAGUAAAAGUGACUGGCAGUUGUUUGCCAGCAGAAAGAUAUCAUACAUGUUUUUCCCAAAAUGUUGUAGCUGAUGCAUCCACAGAAGAAGUCGUAAAUAUAACAGAGGAGAGUUUGUAAAUGUUUGUGUGUGUUCAAAUGGUUUUAUGCUGAAGCGGAAGGCAAACAGCUAUACUUGAUCAACUUUAUUUUUGGAGCAGCAUUAAUUUGUAAAUGUCAUGCCUCAAUUAAAAGCAGCUACUUACUUUACUGUAUAAGUAUAUUUUAAAUACAUAAAGUGAAAUUAAUAGGUGGCUGCAGAUGUAAUGUGUAAUAUUGACCGAUUGACAGCCUAGUCAAUGUUCCAUUGUUAAGAUGUAAAUGUGGAUGUAAAUUUAGUCUGUUUUACUGUAAAAAAAUAAAUUAUACUUUACUUU